AUGUCCUCCACACUACGACUCCAACGCAAACUCGCCAUCGUCACUGGUUCAUCCUCUGGGAUUGGGAGAGCCAUAUGCCUUCGAUACUUUCGCGAAGGAGCCAAGGUGGUGUGUGCGGACCUUUCAGCUACAGCACGUUCCCAGGUUUCUGAAGAGGCAGACAUUGCGACACACGAAUUGAUCACCAAUGAAGGCGGCAAUGGCGAUAUUCGUCCAAACCGACUACAAACUGCAGUGGAUCGAUUCGGUCGACUAGAUAUCAUGGUAAAUAAUGCAGGUAUCAGCCUAGAAGCGCGAAAGCCCGCCAUGUGCCACCUGACAGACGAGGAUAUACGGGAUACGACCAUGCGAGUCAACGCCAAGUCGGUCUUUCUCGGCUGCAAGUAUGCCACCGCUCAGAUGUUGAAACAAACCCCGCAUUCUUCGGGAGACCGGGGCUGGAUUAUCAAUAUUUCGUCAAUUAUGGGUAGCGUAGCUGGACCUCAGGCUCCUGCAUAUUGUGCAUCCAAAGGGGCUGUCAGCAGCCUGACGAAACAAAUCGCGGUAGACUAUGCACCGCAUCGCAUUCAUGUCAAUGCCAUCUGUCCUGGGUUUACACAAACAGCCCUCCUCAAACAGACCACCGAGAAUCACCCUUUCAAUGGUCUAGGCUACCCGGAUGAUAUUGCGAGACUCGCUGUUGUACUAGCCAGCAAUGAUGUCAACUGGAUCACUGGUAUCCUUCUCCCUGUGGAUGGUGGGUACACUGCACAAUAA